AAAACUUAUCAUAUCUUGUGACAAUGGUAAUAAAGAAGUAAAUAUGAAAGGAAAGCAUUCAAAUGGAAAAAAAAUAAUAAUGUUUCGUUAUUCUUAUAAUACUUGAUCAUAUUCCCAUGAAGCAGACGUUGUAUUUCCUGUAGAUUCAUGCUAGUUGUGUUAAUAACUAUUACUUGAAUGAUCGAUAAAUAUGCAGAUACUUGACUGUGAAGAGACUUAUUGUCUAAGAAAGCAUCAAGAAUCUUGUCUCAAGUAAUGUCGUUGCUGAAAAUUACACACAUUUUAAGCCAAUGAGUGCUAAGUUCAGUUUUCCUGUAUUUCUUGACACAUGCAAUCAUUACAUUCAUAAAAAUCUAAAACUUGACAAAAAAACAACUGAUAUUAUUACAACAAAAGAUCCUGUUGACAUGGAGAUGAAACAUCAUUCAGCGUAUAAUGUAAAAGAGCAUGGAUCUAGUAGUAUGAUUCAUGACGAUACAAUUCAUCAUGUACAAAGUAUCCCAUGGGAAUCUGUUAAGAGUGAUACAAGAGUGGAUCCUUAUCUUUGUGAUUUCGACAUAGAAUUAUGCAAUCGAUCAAAUUAUGUGGAUAUGUAUAAUCCUAAUAGUAGUUCAGACUAUAAUAAAUUAUCAAGUAAUACCUCAGUGGAAUAUAAACAAUAUCUUGUGCCACCACAACCUCAGGAAUGUACUCAACGACGAACAUCAUUGCACGGGAAAACAAUCACUGUACGUAUCAGUCGUAAUGAAACUAGAUAUCGGAAGUUACAAGCAAAAAUUUAUAAUUUUCUUGAAAGACCUAAAACAUGGCCAUCUGUGAUAUAUCAUGUAAUUGUAUUCGCUUCUGUAUUUGGAUGCCUUGUCCUAAGUGUGUUAUCCACUAUUCAUGAAUAUACAGAAUCAGCUGGAAGAAUUUUAUUAUAUAUGGAACUUGUAAUUCUAUUUUGGUUUUUCGCUGAAUAUUGUUUACGUCUAUGGAGUGCUGGGUGUAGAUCCAGAUAUCAGACAUGGCGUGGAAGGUUGAAUUUCGCAAGACGACCUUUUUGUAUAGUUGAUGUAAUUGUCAUAGUUGCCAGUGUAAUAGUCUUGGCUGUAGAUAGCGACAGAAAUAUGUUUGCUGCUAGUGCACUUAGAGGAUUGAGAUUUUUUCAGAUUUUGCGUAUGAUACGUAUGGAUCGUAGAGGUGGAUCAUUUAAAUUGCUAGCAUCUGUUGUAUGGGCACACAGACAAGAAUUAUUCACAACUGUAUAUAUUGGAUUUUUAGGUCUGAUAUUCAGUUCAUUCUUAAUAUUUCUAGUGGAAAAAAAAGAGAAUGAGAAAAUUCGUACCUAUGCUGAUGCUUUAUGGUGGGGUGUAAUAACUCUUUGUACAGUCGGUUACGGGGAUACAGUGCCUAAAACAUGGAUGGGGAAAAUUAUUGCAGCAUUUUGUGCAUUGGCUGGUAUCUCCUUUUUCGCUCUACCUGCUGGUAUACUAGGUAGUGGUUUCGCUCUCAAAGUACAGCAGCAUCAGAGACAAAAACACCUAAUUCGAAGAAGAGUUCCAGCGGCCACAUUAAUCCAAUGUCUAUGGAGGUGUUAUGCUGCUGAUCCACAUUCAUCAUCUGCAGCAACAUGGAAAAUUCACAUGAGACCUUUACGGAAGCCUGUUGGUCUAACAAAUUCGUAUUCCAUGAUUGAAAGGAGUGGAUUUUCUCGAUUCAGUCGUUUUUCGACAUUAAAACGUCGUUCAGAUAAAAUUCAUUCCGGUACAAAUACAGGCGUGAAUAACACUGCACCUACUGUAUCCUCAGAUGAAACAAACACUGAUUUACCAAGAUCUGCACCGGCUAAACCUGAAGGUUUAGACGCUAUGUAUACAUUUAUAAGUGAUGAAGAUGCUGCAAAGUUGAAGCAUAUUCAACAAGCUCUUGAUCAUGAGAAACCACAUAGUCCAGAUGGAAAGUUGGAGAAAGAAUCAGAUGAAAUGCUAGCAACAUUUAGUCAAGCACAAAUAGGAAAUAUUCAAGCAAAUGUAAUUGAUCCAUUAUCAUCAGGUGACCGAGAAUACAUCAGUCUAUCAAAACAAAGACGUCAGUUAACCACUAAUGGACAGAAUUAUGCCAAUCAGCCUAUGCUUCAACAAGAAUCAGUUCUGUGUACCUCACGAGGUUCUGAAGUUAUUAUGCACCCGCUGACAGAAAAAGAAAAAGUUGCUGUUCGAGUUAUUCGUAAAUUAAGAUUUUUUGUUGCACGUAGAAAGUUUCGCGAGGCGCUUCGACCAUACGAUGUAAAAGAUGUGAUUGAACAAUAUUCAGCUGGACAUGUUGAUAUGUUGGCUCGUGUAAAGACACUUCAAGCAAGGUUGGAUCAAAUUCUAGGACGUCCUGGUUCAAAAAAUGAUGAUGUCUAUGAUUCACAUUUGUGUUUAGCUUCAAGAAUUGUGAAAAUUGAGCAUAAGAUUGAUACAGUUGAAAUGAAACUUGACAGAUUGAUUAAUUUGUAUAAAGCCGACCGUUUCAUAAAAUAUCAUGGUCAAAUGGGAAAUACUGGUGUCGUUGGUAAACGCCUACUCCGAAGUGGAGAGAAAAAUGUACAAGAAAAGUAUGUACAGUAUUCUGAUACACAAGAUAAGCCAUAUCAUGAACAAAAAUCUUUGAUGACGUCAACAACAGGUCAAAAGGUACAAUUACUAGAAGACGAUGAUGGAUAUACAAUCCGUGAUAAACCAUAUAUAAGAUUUGCAAAUCAGCGGCUACCUAAAUCUGAAAGAAAUUCACGUAUUGUCAGCUCUCCACUUGCCUUGACAAAUGAAAGAUGGAGAAGUUUUGAGUAUGAAACACCUAACACUAGUGCAUAUCAUUAUAGUGAACCUAUGAGUAAAGAGUAUCAGCACCCGAUGUCUUUAAAACCACAUUUCUCUUGUAGUAGUGAUAAACUUCCACCAACCUACAACAAGCAUACCUAUCCUCUUCAGUCUACAUCUUCAGGUAAUUUAAUCCCAAGUGGACGAGUAAUGUCCACUUUUUCAGAAAGCUGUUUAGGCGCAGUCGUUGAUGAUGAUGGUGAUAAUGAUGAUGAUCGACCUAAACUUCAAGAAAUCAACAAGCAGUAUCACCCUCAACAAUCCGUAGAUGAACUUUAUCUAGAUGAUUUACUUAAUACUUGUAAUCUUACAGAGAGUGUUAAUUUAAUUAAAAUACCAGAUCCUUAUGCAUCACCCUCCAAAUCAUGUUUACGUAGACAAGAUGAAGUUGUCUCUCCUGUAGAUUGUCAAUUUAUUGAUGAUGAUGAAAAGAAGUCUUUAAUAAGUUCAUCGGACAAUGUUGUUGUAGAUAGUGUAAAAAGUCCUCAAGAUGACAAUGAUGAUGAUGAUAAUGAAAGAGCUAUUCGUAAAAGUAUCUAACUUUGGCUACAUUUUUAAAUUUGUAAUAACAUUUUUAAAUGAGUACAAAACUAGACCAGUCUUAUUUUCAUUUUUGUACUAGCUAAGUAAACAACUAACUUACUAACUAACUCAAACAACAUUAACUACUCUGAUUAUUUGAUUUCCAUUUAUUUUUCGCAUAGAAUCGAACAAAAUAGUUCAAAUGUUUUUGUUUUAAAUUUCAAAAAAACAAACAAAUUUUUGUCAGUAGACACCAAUUUUCUUUUGUUAUACUUUUGUAUUCUUAACUCUUCAUUGUCUUGUAGUCUUUUCAUACCCUAUUUUCUUUUUGUCUCCCAUUCUGUAUAUGUAAAUUACCGACGCGUCCACUGAGUCGGAAGGAAACACUGAAAUGUCUUCCUCAAAACCUCAAAAACAGUUUAUGCAAAAAAAACCUCAUUUGAACAUAACUAAAGUGCAGAAUGUACACACACACACACACAACACUCUUCUUAAUUCCUCAUUUCUUUUCACUUUAUCAAAAUUAAAAAUAAACGAACAAACAAAAAUAACCACCCUUCUAUCAUUUCUUUUAGUCAAGUCACUAACUAUGGAACAGAUUCAUACCUGUAUAUUCUUCUCCAUCGAUCCUUUUCUUCUUCUGCUUCUUCGUCUUAUCCAAUUUUUUCUCUUCAUUUCACCAUAUUUUUAGAUAAAUUCUAAAAGCAUGUGUACAUAAACCCAUAUAGGAGUGUGAUUGACAGAA